AUGAUUUUAAUAGCAGUAUGUGGAGUUCUCAAUGGAAUUAUUGGAAUUUUGAAAAGUGUAGAGGAAAUCAUAGAUCAUGAACUUCAAUGCGCUCAUUCAUAUUCAUAUUAUAUUCUGGUGCUUGCCAACUUUGUUAUAUUUCAAGUUUUGAAUCAAAUUAUAUUAUGGGAAAUUGUGUACAUUACCUUUCUCAGAGCCACAGUAAUUUUGGAAGUCAGAUAUGGAAUGAAAACAGAAAACUUGAAACUAUACAUGAGACGCUUUAUCACAGUUCUUUUUACCAUUUUUCUUAUAAAUCACACCGUUCGAAUAUUUUUUCAUCGAAUCGAAGAAGUUACAGAUAACGAUAUGAAAGUACGAGAACUAGGUAUUCCAUGUGAUUCUGAAAAAAUUUACAUAAUUGCUGCAUUUGCUGGAGACUGUCUAAGACGGAUUUUGUUAACGAUAGCAGGGCUCACCAGUUUGAUAAUCCCGAUUCUAAUAAUGAUUAUUCUGUCAAUAUUCUUAAUUAUCGAGUUGCGAAGUUCAUCUGAAACAUUACAAAAGACUCAAGAAUCUUCAACACGCCAAAACUCAGCAGCACGAGCACUUCUUUUGUUUCUUUGUUUUUAUGUUUUGGCAGAACUUCCAUAUGUUUUAUUGUUCAGUGUCGGUUUGUAUAAUCCGGCUGACUUUGAACAAUUGGACGAAUAUAUUUAUAGUCAAGUGGACAUUUUUAUUUAUGCCAAUAUGUGUCUGGGUAUUCUUGUAUAUUCCCUGAUGUCAUCACAGUAUCGGAAAACUGUGAUUGCUACUUUUUGGAGAAGAAAGUCAUCUUCAGUUGUUGAUCAGAGUUCAAGAGUAACAUAAUGCUUCGACAGAUCAAACAUUUUGGAAAACUAGGAGGAAAUAACUGAAAGCGUGAUUCCAUCUGACAUGAUAAUUGUUGGUUGAUUCACAUUGAUAACAUGCUUUAUCUCAAUAUCAGUUUGUUGAUUGUAGUGUCUAACUAAAUGAACAUUCUUUGCUCUUUGAAACAAAUGUUAACGUACUUGAAAUGUUUUCUGACUAGAUAAUAGAUUUCAGUGUUCUGUUAACUUACAUAUGUAUAAUUUCACCUUCUUAGGCAAAUCAACAGUUUGAUUGAAAUUUUUGUUUUGUUUAUUUCGAAAAUUAUACUCUUGAAAUAGAUUGAAAUAUUAUAAAAUCAAUACAAAAUCCAAAAAUAUGAAAGUUUUGUUAACCUUUGCUUCUUUACUAAUUGGCGUUUCCAGCCAUUCACCCGGAAAAACCAUUCAAAAUAAAUAUUGCGGAGUC